GGGAUAAAACCCAAAACCCUCCGCCUCUUUUCUCCGCUCCAAACCCAAUCCUCCAUUGCCGACUUCCUAAUGGACCUCGGCGCCCUUCCCACGCCCAACCCUCUAUCUUUCUCUUCCUCCUUCCUCUCUCGAAACCCUCGCACCAAUCUCCUCUCCAGGCCAUUCUCUUGCGCUCUGAACCCAAGAAGAAGGCGUCGCCACGGCCGGGGAAGGGUUCUUGGAGCUUCUCUCUCCGACGCCGGCGAUGGGCCGGAGAAAUUCUCAUGGCACAGGGUCUCCGAGUCCAUGCGCCGCGGUUCGGAGCGGUUCUUGGCCAGUUUCGUGGAAUACCUCAAGAAGGAGACCGGGCUUGAUCUGGAGCAAGCCAAUCUCAAGGCGGGCGAGCUGCUUGAUGGUGCCCGGGGAGCUGCGGAGAAGGGCAGAGCGGUGGUGGAUCGGUUCAGGUUGGACUUGGUGCCCGAGUUCAUAGAGUGGAACAAGUGGGAGAAUUGGAAGGACAAGGAGAAGUGGGAGCCAAGACGUGUUGGGGCCUUGAUUUUGUAUAUUAUUGUCGUUACAAUAAUAUGUCAGAAAACCUAUGGGGCUUUUACAAGUUAUUUUGAUCGUCGGAGUAAGAGAGAAUUGACUGAGGCUUUCAUGGAGGCAUUGAUUCCCGAGCCAUCACCUGCUAAUGUUAGGAAAUACAAGAAAAGCAUAUGGAGGAAGACAAUGCCCAAAGGACUAAAAAUUAAGAAAUUUAUUGAAGGACCAGGAGGGACACUUAUCCAAGAUGAUUCUUAUGUUGGAGAAGAUGCAUGGGGUGAUGAUCUGGAACCUUCUCAAGAUACUGUAAAUAAAAUUAUUGACAGUGAUACAAGGUUAAGCAUUGAACAAAAGAAGGAGUUAAAGGGAAGCUUAGGCAUUUCAGUUGAUGCUGGCACUUCAAUAGAAAAGCAAGAAGGUUCAACAAACUGGCAAGAGCGACUAGGAAUGUGGAAAGAAGUUCUAAGAAAGGAUAAAUUAGCCGAGCAAAUUAGUUCAAUUAAUGCUAAAUAUGUAGUUGAUUUUGAUAUGCAAGAAGUGGAGAAAAGUUUGCGCAAAGAAGUGGUGGAGAAGGUGUCAGAUACACAGGGUAGUAGAGCAUUAUGGAUUUCCAAGAGAUGGUGGCUUUAUCGUCCAAAAUUGCCUUAUACAUAUUUUCUUGAUAAACUCGAUUGCUCCGAGGUUGCUUCUGUUGUCUUUUCUGAGGACCUGAAAAAAGUAUAUGUGACAAUGAAAGAAGGAUUUCCUUUGGAGUAUGUAGUUGAUAUUCCUCUUGAUCCGUACUUGUUUGAGACUGUCUCAAGUUCAGGUGUUGAAGUGGAUCUCCUUCAGAAACGGCAACUUCAUUAUUUCCUUAAAGUUGUGGUUGCAUUAGCUCCAGGUUUACUUAUUUUGUAUCUUAUAAGAGAGUCUGUGAUGCUCUUGCAUAUAACAUCUCGGCGCUAUCUCUAUAAAAGGUAUAAUCAACUUUUUGACAUGGCUUCUGCAGAGAACUUUAUUCUGCCAGUAGAGAGUUCUGAUGAGACGAAAUCAAUGUAUAAGGAAGUCGUUUUAGGGGGUGAUGUUUGGGAUCUUCUGGAUGAGGUGAUGAUUUAUAUGAAUAAUCCUAUGCAGUAUUAUGAAAAGGAAGUGGCAUUUGUCCGGGGUUUACUUCUCUCUGGACCACCGGGGACUGGAAAAACACUUUUUGCACGGACACUUGCGAAGGAAAGUGGCAUGCCUUUUGUUUUUGCUUCUGGCGCUGAAUUUACAGAUAGUGAAAAAAGUGGAGCGGCAAGGAUUAAUGAGAUUUUCUCCAUCGCCAGAAGAAAUGCUCCUUCUUUCGUGUUUGUGGAUGAAAUUGAUGCUAUUGCGGGACGACAUGCGAGGAAAGAUCCACGCAGACGGGCAACUUUUGAGGCUCUAAUUACGCAGCUUGAUGGAGAGAAAGAAAAAACUGGUGUUGAUCGUUUUUCUCUCAGACAAGCUGUAAUAUUCAUCUGUGCAACUAACCGGCCAGAUGAAUUGGAUCCUGAGUUUGUCCGCCCUGGGCGCAUUGAUCGGCGACUGUACAUUGGUUUACCAGAUGCUAAACAACGAGUUCAAAUAUUUGGUGUGCAUAGUGUAGGAAAGAAGCUCGCAGAAGAUGUGGACUUUGAAAAGCUUGUAUUUCGUACUGUUGGCUAUUCUGGAGCUGAUAUCCGGAAUCUUGUCAAUGAAGCAGCAAUCAUGUCUGUAAGGAAAGGCCAUACCAUGUUUACCCAGCAAGACAUAAUUGAUGUGUUAGACAAGCAAUUGCUGGAGGGCAUGGGUGUGCUGCUUACAGAAGAAGAGCAACAAAAAUGUGAACAAAGUGUUUCUAUGGAGACAAGGAGAUUGUUGGCCGUCCAUGAAGCUGGCCAUAUAUUGUUAGCUCAUAUAUUCCCUCGAUUUGAUUGGCAUGCAUUCUCUCAGCUACUUCCUGGUGGCAAGGAAACUGCAAUAUCUGUGUUUUAUCCUAGGGAAGAUAUGGUAGAUCAAGGAUAUACAACCUUUGGAUACAUGAAGAUGCAAAUGGUCGUCGCACAUGGAGGGCGUUGUGCUGAACGAAUUGUGUUUGGUGAUGACAUCACCGAUGGAGGAAGAGAUGAUCUAGAAAAAAUUACAAGAAUAGCUAGAGAGAUGGUAAUUAGCCCCAGAAAUUCAAGAUUAGGCCUUGCAACUCUAGUAAAAAGGGUUGGAAUGAUGGAUCGACCAGAUAGUCCAGAUGGCGAGUUGAUCAAGUAUAAGUGGGAUGACCCUUAUGUGAUUCCUGCUGAUAUGACUCCUGAAGUGUCUGAACUAUUUACUCGAGAGCUCACAAGGUAUAUUGAUGAGACGGAAGAACUUGCCAUGAACGGUUUACUGCAGAAUAGGUAUAUCUUGGACGUGAUUGCUAGAGAACUUUUAGAAAAGUCAAGGAUCACUGGACUGGAAGUGAAGGAAAAAAUGAAGCAAAUGUUUCCUGUUAUGCUUCAAGAUCUAGCGGAACCAUUCCAAAUAAACCUGGAUGAGGAGGGACCAUUACCUGUUAAUUCUCGUUUGCGUUACCAGCCACUGGACGUUUAUCCUGCACCACUCCACCGGUGUUAAAAGUUCUGGCACUCAAUUAAAUUGUCAGCUCCAUCGAAUUGUAAUAUCAGAUGCAUGAAUAUUCCCAUGGAGAGUAUUUACAUGCUGUUUCCCAGUGAUUGUCAGCUCGAAAUCCACAUCUUUUUAUUGGCAGUACCAAGCAAAAAUUCUUUUCCUGCAGAACUCUCGUGGAGCAUUUUGGGGCCAUUGGUAGUCUCUUUUCUAGUCUGGCCAAUUAUUUGAUUGUCAGACUGAGCUCCUACGGGUGGUAAGAUUAUCAUUCACUACUUUGUAAUUGAAUAUCAUGUGAUUAUAUGUAGCAUUGAGAACAUUGCCCUGCAAAACACAAUUUUUGGCUAUUGUGUUCAAAUUAGGGUAGUUGUAAAUGCUAUCUUUUCCAAGUCAGGAAAUCCUGUAAGAUUUCAAAUUUGGCCAUCAGAGUGACCCUACUUUUAGUGUUGGCAGUGCGGCGGCAAUCAUUCAGAUAUCAGUUUUAGUUUCAAUAUGAUCUGCACUCUCAGGAUAAACGUUCCGAGUUUGGAUAGGAGAGCUAUGAAGAGCACGAGUCCCCGUAGUGGCCGUACAAGGCUUCCAGCAGCAUUGUUUGUUUGACUUGUAUAUUUGUCAGCAAAAGUGUAUCUGAUUUCAGGAAACAAAGUAUCUUGAUUUUUUUAAAAAAAUUUCUUAAAGCUCUCUUUUUCUGGGGAUUGUAUAACUUUGGUCUUUGUGAUAAAUAUUUUUUUGACAAAUUCCAAACAAGAUAGUUUCUCUGCA